UAUUACUCAUCUAUCAUUCACAUUAAUGGGUGAAAUUUCUGCGCAUGUGCCAAAUGUGCCAACAUAAUGGCAUGUGACGUUGCCCGUGGUUGGGAAGUUUGCGAGGGCUCAACCAUUCUGCCGCCUUACGCCAGGCAGACGCCCGCAGACAUACUGAACACCCAUCCAUGGAAUCAAAGCUGAACGUUCUGCUUUGACCAAAUAAACGACAGGAGAAGAAGUCGGCCAUCAGAGGCGCGACAACAAAGCCGGCAUGCUCCUCCGCGACUCGUGGUUCAACUACACCGUGAUCCGCACGGCCAUCAUCGUCGCCCGCCUCAUCACGCCCGCCAGCAUCGCGUACUGCAUCGUCGUGCCCGUCUUCCGCCCGCACAAGUUCUUCCGAAGCCCUCUGCUCCCCUUCUCCAUCUGGGCAAUUGCAGAAACCGUCUUCUACACCUCUGUCUACCUCCCGCUCAGCAGCGCAUUACAAUCCGAAGCCGCGCAUCCACCGCCACCACCUAGAGCCGAACGGCGCGUUUUGUUCCAGCGAUGUCUGGAUACCGUCUCCGAUACGGAGCAUUACCUCUCGGGAUGGUUUCAUGGCGCUUCCAUUGCUGAUAUCAAGCGGGAGAAUCUCAAGGAGUUUUACGCUUGGUCGUUUCUCAACAAAAAGUAUCGAGAUGUCGAUGAGGCGGAGAGUCGGGAGCUGGAUGGGUAUGUCGAUCAGUUGGAGCAGAGGCUGGAUCGCCCGUUUGAGGAGGGCUAUGGGAAGGCACAGAGUCUGAGGGGGACGAUGCAGGGUGUUCAUAUGCAGCAUCGGCCUUUGCUGUGGUAUCUUAUCGUGGGAGUCAUCGACCUAGGAUGCCACAGCAUACUCCUCUUCAACAACUACCAAUUCAACCGACAAAUGAUUCUCCCCUCGCUGUCCACCUUUCCCAUCCGACCCCUAGCAAUCCUCGGAACAGCCGCGCAGACAGACACCAAAUUCUCCUACUGGUAUCGCGAGCACACCGCCAAACACCGCCUGCCCAUCCUCGUCAUCCACGGCGUGGGAAUAGGCAUGUUCGCGUACGUCAACUUCCUGCUGGAAAUGAACCGCCAGCAAUCCGCAUUCGAUGGCGAAGGCGAGGUCGGGAUCAUCGCGCUCGAGCUCCUUCCGGUGAGCGCUCGCAUCUCGACUCCUGCUCUCGCUGCCGAUGAGACGCGGGAAGAAGUCAGGAGAAUCCUCGACAAGCAUGGGUGGAAGGAGUUUGUGCUUGUCGGGCAUUCGUAUGGCACCGCGAUUGCCGCGAGCAUUCUUCGCGAUCCGCAAUUUGAGAGGCGAGUGAAAGCCUCGGUGCUCAUGGAUCCAAUCUGCUUCUUGCUGCAUUGGCCUGAUGUCGCUUACAACUUUACUAGACGCGAUCCCACCACCACCAGCGAGUACAUGCUGCACUACUUCUCCUCGCGCGACAUGAUGAUCAGCCACACGUUUGCCCGCCGCUUCUUCUGGACCCAGUACAUCCUGUGGAGAGAAGACGUCGCUAACAUCCCCCUGACGGUGACACUAAGUGCACAAGAUAUCAUUGUGCCCACAAAGGCCGUGUGGGAGUACCUUAUUUCGGAACCUUCGCAUGCUUCCCCCAAUGGAGAUAUUGCGGCCAAGAAGUUGGAUGCGGCUAAAGACAGGCUUGGGAACGCCGUUGUGGAGAGGGAGACUGGUUUGCUGAAGGCGGUGUUGUUUGAAGACUUCAAUCAUGCGAGCUUGUUCAGUUCCAAGCGGGCGAUGCGCGGGGUUGUCAGGCAGAUAUACCAGUACAGCGGGGAGUACGGCGGUCGAAGCGAGGAUUCAGGAGAGUAGGUGCAACCUUAUGGGGUGUUGCAUUGAAGCUUGAGAGGCCAGUUCGUCACGUACUCGUCGAAGAUUCCACCUGAUCCGCCCAAGAACGCACGGCGUCUCGAUCCACGCCUCCCGGCACCGUAGGAACAACAGCAGGCUUCGCGUUCGGCAGAGCAGGAAACUCGUCCGGUCUCGGCGGCGCCUUUGGCUGCUCUCUCCUCUGCCCACCGCCCCUUCCACCCCCCCGUCCCCCUCUCGGCUCCCGAUACAUAUACUCCCUCCCAUCCGAAUG